AUGGUAGUGGCAGUGCCCCUUCUGAACGUUAGAGAAAGCCAUGGUCUGCAUCUGAGCACCAGCCCUGCCGCAGCACCCGGAGGAUCCUCCACGGGCCCCCGCAGAGACCCCCGGGGCUCACUCCUCUUCCACCUGGCCCUUCUGAUCCACUGCCCGCAGAGAAACGGCGGCCGCGGCGUGGAUCAGUCCGUGGAUCGGUCCGUGGAUCGGUCCGUGGAUCGGUCCGUGGAUCGGUCCGUGGAUCGGUCCGUGGAUCAGUCCGUGGAUCGGUCCGUGGAUCGGUCCGUGGAUCGGUCCGUGGAUCGGUCCGAGUCCCACUGCGGUCUGCGCUGGGCUGAACACCCGCAGUAA